CGGUAUUAAGGGGAGGUAACUUCCGGGACAGGGCAGUAAAUGCUAUUUCGCGGGAGGCAGUGUCACUACGAAGUUGCAUAACAUGUAUUCCGACGUUGACAACGAUGACGCGCAGUCGGAUGGCGAAGAUUGGAGUCGACCCGUUGACGAAGUGGGAACAGUUGUUCCGCCGUCCAUUUGCAGUAAACGGAAUACGCAAUGUGAGUCCAUGUUGAUGUCCAAACUGGGUCACCAGAGAACCAUCAUCCAUAUUGACAUUGACUGCUUCUACGCUCAGGUUGAAAUGAUCCGCAAUCCUCAUCUACGCAAGAAACCACUGGGAAUACAACAGAAGUACAUCAUCGUCACUUGUAACUACGUGGCGAGGGCGAGAGGGCUGACGAAGCUGAUGAGUAUCAAAGAUGCCCGGGAGAAAUGUCCGGACCUUGUUCUGGUGAAUGGAGAAGACCUCACACACUACAGAGAGAUGUCCUACAAGAUAUCAGAAUUUCUACAGAAGUACACUGCCAAGGUUGAGAGACUGGGUUUUGAUGAGAACUACCUCGAUGUGAGUGACAUGGUAGAGCAACGACUAUCACUCAACGAUUACACUCACCAAACUACUGGCUUUGUGUACGAUUCUGAAACGGAGACUCCAGCAGUCCCUGAAUGCUCCUGUGGAUGCCGGAUACGUCUGGCAGUGGGGUCUCAGAUAGCAGCAGACAUCCGAGAAGCUCUCCACUUGGAGCUUGGUAUCACCUGCUGUGCUGGCAUAGCGCACAACAAACUGCUGGCAAAACUCGUGGCAGGGACACACAAGCCCAACCAACAGACCACCCUGUUCCCGGACAGUGUCUUCACACUCCUCUCAUCACUGUCCCAGGCAAGAAGUUUACCAGGAGUAGGAGGGAACACGUCCAGAAAGUUGGCCGAAGCUGGCAUCCACAGUGUGAGAGACUUACAGGAAGGUGACAUAUCCACUCUGACAGAGGAGUGUGGCACAACAAUGGCCGUCACCAUCAAACAGCUGAGUCAUGGAGUGGAUGACUCACCUGUGGUGCAGUACAGUCGUCCUCAGACAAUCAGUGAUGAGGAUUCCUUCAGAAAGUGCAGCACCAUUGUGCAGACUCAGCAGAAAAUUGACGAGUUAUUGUCCAGUCUCCUAAAGAGGUUGGUAGAGGAUGGUCGAACUCCACACACAUUCAGGCUGACAGUGCGGAGAGCAGGAUUUCCAAAAUAUACCAACAGAGAGAGCAAACAAUGUCCUGUGCCAGCACACGUCUUCCAGAAAGUGGGGAAAGGUGAUGUCUCAUUUGCGCAUGAGUACCUGAGAAAAACGGCGAUGUCACUGUUUGAAAGAAUCAUCAAUGUGAAACAACCUUUUCAUCUGACUCUCAUCAAUGUUGCCUUUGCAAAGCUAGAGCAGAAACCCAAAACUGGUAUCAGUAGCUUUUUCCAACUCUCUGGAGGCCAUGAUGGUAUAGCUGGGCAGAUACUGUCCCAGACAGAUCAGGUUGAGAACCUUGCUUCAGGACCUGUGACCAACAAAGUCAGUGAACACUCUUCAGACGAGGGUUGCAGGCUAAGUACAGAUGUCUGUCAUUUGAAUGAUGAAGCUGGUCAAGCUGGAGACAGUUCAGAUAUAGCCAUCAUAUCAAACAGUGAUACUAGUGUAUCAUUGAAUCAUUCAGCUCAACAUAAGUCUGUUUUGGAAAAAAACAGUUUGUCAUCUCAUGUGAAACCUCAUAAAGAUAAAAUUGGUUUCUUCGAGAAAAAGGUGACUUCAAACCACCAGGAAGUUUACAAAGCUUUAGAUCAGUUACCUUUGAACACAUCGGAAAGUAAUGAAAGGCCAGGAUUAGUGUCCAAAACACAAACAAUUAAACAGUUAAAGGAACUCAAUUCAACUUCCAGUUCUGAGGAAGAAACUCUUUGUGGUAAAGCUGAUGUUCACCGUGGAGAAAUCUCACCUAUAUUAAGCACCACUGCCUUCUGCCAGGAUCAUGGUCUGUCCAAAUCCGCAGUUGACCAAUCUGUGGGUGUUACUGCUCCACUUCCAGCUGGUAUUGAUGCGGAGGUGUUUCACCAGCUGCCACCAGACAUGCAGGAGGACAUUCUAGCCAACUGCCGGUCAACAAGGUCAGGUCGCCACACGUCAGAUCACUCCACCAGACAACAGAGAGGAAGAACACAAUUGAAAAGAAAACCACAGAACUGGUCAUCUGGACCUGUUAGCUUACCUGUCUCUGGUGAAGCCAGAGAUGAGUGUUCCAAUGGGUUAAAAACACCUGAGAAAGGAAAAUUGGGCGAUGUGGGCGGUGUUAAUUUUGCUGAUGAUGUCAGCCCGUUCAAGAAGAAGAAAAGGUUGUUCAGUCCAAGAAAAUCUUGGGACACUGCUUUGACCCCUUUAUCAAGUAGUGAUGAUAAAAAUUACAUGUUUACUGAUUCACAGAAAUCUAAAUGUAAGUCAGAUGUUGCUGCUGCUGACAUGGAAACAGGUAACGACUUGCAUGAUCAGGAUGUAAAGGGAAAGGAAAGUGAAGUGAACAUUUUGCCAGAAUCAGCAUCAGUUUCUCUUCCACAGUUUGACAUGUUUGAUUAUGAGAGCAAUGUGGAUACAAGUCAGGUAGCUGGUGAUUUUUUGAUCAGCAACACUCAGAACUCACCACAGUUCAUUGAAAGUACGAAGUCAAAGGUUCAUGUGAAUUCCAUGUCCGGGACUAAACCCAAAUAUUUGUCAGCUGCAUCACCAUCAACACAACCACUGCCAACUACAACAUUGGGAGCGGCCAUUAAAUCAGUGACAGCAACACAAUCAGCUCCAUCGUCAACUGCAACUCCUUCAACUCAGUUUGUAUCAGCAACACUGCAGAAUAUCACACCAGCAGCAGAGUCAACAUCACCUUCAUCAGCAAUCUCUGGUCCCAGUCCAGGAACAUCCAAUGCUGAAGGAGAUGCCAGGACCUCAGAGCCUAUCUUCAAACUGAUGACAGGGCCCGCUCCUCCUGUACCACCCAAUACAGAUCCUGAAGUGUUCCGAUCACUCCCCAUUGAGAUCCAAGCAGAGUUGGCACUACAGUGGGAAUUCGAAAAUAUGAAAAGUACCUCCUCCCAUGUGGGAAAAAUUAGACAAUCAAAGAAGAAAAGUCCAAAGGUCUCAAAAAGUACCCCACCAAAAUCCACAACUUUGUUUAAUUUUUUCAGAACUGCAAAUAAAAAAUGACAAAUUA